AUGAAAAAAGCUUCAAAAACUCGCAAGAGAUCCACAAGCGCCAAAAAACGAAGAAGUGUGUCAAAAGAUUCUGACGAAGAAACCCUCGUAAACAUCCUAAAUAAAAGAGCAGAAAGCGACAGAGGAAUUUUGAUUUCACAAGAGCAGAUGGAAGAUUUCAAAAAAUCGAAGCAAGCAUUAAAAGAGGCUCAAGCAAAGCUUAACUUAAGUUCCCAAGAAAUAGCUAGCCUUCAGCAUGAAAAUUUUCAGUUAAAACAAACACUUCACAGAAAUGAAAGCGAAAUUCAUGCACUUCAAAGACUCCAUGAAGAAGAUCAAAAUCGUUCUCGAGAACUCAGCAGCCUGCAAAAUCAAACACAUUCGAUUGAUGAACAAAAUUCUAUUGCCAAGCUACAAAUCGCUCUCAGUGACACUCAAAGCGUUUUAGCGUAUAAGACAGCAACUGCUAAGCGCCAUUUGACUAUAGUAAGCCAGUUAUUGCAAAAGCAGACUGAUUAUAUAGCAGAAAUCGGGCUAUUGUCGCCGACCAAAAAAGGACUUUCGUCAAACUUGUGGGAAAUUACUCAAUGUGUGGAAUCAGCCAUAAAAGUGCUAGAACAGGAUUCGAGAGACUCAAGCAUUUCUGCUGACAUUGAACUGGAAAAUCAAAAACUGCGCAGAGAAAUCCAAAAUUUAAAGAAAAAAGAAGAAAACAUCGAAACUUAUAGAAUCGCGCUAGAGAAAAUGAAAGAGCAGACCCAAAAUUUAAGAGAAAAAAUGAAAGAAGUGAAAUCAGCUGAAGAGCUCAAAAGAAUUUUAGAAGAAAAAGAUACGAAAAUUGAUAGUCUAGGAAGAGAAAAAAACAUGUUGAAUGACCACAUUAAAGUGUUGCAGUGUUCCUUGACAGAGCAAUGCUCACUUAUAGAGCAGCUUAAAGAGGUCAUAGCCACUUUAACUCCGAAAUCCUCGAAAAAUACAACAAGAGAAAGUCCAAAGAAAGAAACCUAUGAAGAAAUUAUUCCAGACGUGUAUGAAGGUGAAAUUAAUCAAGAAAGGGAACUUCAAAACGAAAUCGCGUCGCUAGAUCAAGAAAUUUUAGAAUUGCAGAGUUCGCUACAAAGGGCAUUAAAUAGGUAA